GGUAUACUUUCUCCUAGAAGUUAGGUGUAAUUCAAAUUUAAGUCCUCAAGUAAAACUCACUUCCCCAGUUCAGAAGUCUUCUCGUUGUUCUAUCAUCAGUCAUCUCUCUCUCAUGGAUGCGCCAAAGGACCAUAUGUCCACACUAAUCGACCACGGUCUCUACAAUUCGGCUCAACUUCUUGGUCAUUUUCUUGUUUCUUCGUCAUCAGUAAAUUCUGAAACUAAUUUAAAUGUCAAGGCCGAGAAUUUGCUUCUUCUAGGGGACACACUAUUUCGGGAAAGGGAAUAUCGGAGAGCAAUUAAUACAUACAAACAAGCGUUGCAACAUCACAAGAUUGUCCCCAAGCAAAAUGCUUCUAUCCUAAGAAGCUCUUUAUCUACACCAAAUAGGUCUUCUUCUCCAAGUCCUCUUAGUAUUAUAGUAUUCAAUGAGAAUGAGGUCAAAUUCAAAAUAGCAUCUUGUCAUGCUGCAUUGAAUGAGAACAAAGUUGCACUUUUGGAGAUGGAGGGAAUUCCUAAUAAGUCAAGAAACUUGGCGAUGCAUCUGAUGACGGGAAAGCUUUAUCGAAAUACUAGACACACUCGUGCAGCUGUUGCUUGUUAUAAAGAAUGUUUGAGGCAUUGUCCUUAUUUCCUUGAAGCCAUAUCUGCUUUGGCUGAGCUUGGAGCUUCUGCCAAGGAGAUUAUCUCUUUGCUUCCUCAGACACCAAGUAGAAGUGGGAGACUUCUCUCUGAUCAACUUGAAUCUGGUCGAUGGCUGCAGCGUUAUGUUGAGGCUCAGUGUUGCAUUGCUUCAAAUGACUAUAAAGGUGGCUUGGAAAUAUAUUCAGAAAUUCUGCAAAGAUUCCCAAAUAAUGUCCAUAUAUUACUUGAAAUUGCAAAGGUUGAGGCCAUACUUGGAAAGAAUGAUGAAGCUAUAUUGAAUUUUGAAAAGGUUCGCUCUGUGGAUCCUUAUGUAGUUACUUACAUGGAUGAGUAUGCAAUGCUUCUGAAGAAUAAGUCUGAAUAUCCAAAGCUAAACAAGUUGGUGCAUGACUUGUUGAACAUUGAUGCCACUAGACCAGAAGUUUUCGUUGCCUUGUCAGUGUUGUGGGAAAGGAAAGAUGAGAGAGGGGCUCUAUCGUAUGCCGAGAAGAGUAUUCAAAUUGAUGAAAGGCAUGUAUCAGGUUACAUCAUGAAGGGCAGCUUACUUUUAUCGUUGAAUCGGCCUGACGCAGCAGCUGUUGCAUUCAGAAAUGCACAGGAGUUGAAAGCCGAUCUGCGGUCUUAUCAAGGUUUGGUUCAUUCUUACUUGGCAAUUUCUAAGGUUAAAGAGGCUUUAUAUAUUGCAAGAGAGGCAAUGAAGACAAUGCCACAAUCUGCAAAGGCUUUAAAGUUAGUUGGAGAUGUUCAUGCCAAAAGCUCCAGUGGGAGAGAGAAGGCAAAAAAGUUUUAUGAGUCUGCUCUCAGACUGGAACCUGGUUAUCUUGGGGCUGCAUUAGCACUUGCUGAACUUCAUGUUGUGGAGGGUCGAAAUGGUGAUGCUGUUUCUCUUCUUGAGAGAUACCUCAAAGAUUGGGCAGAUGAUUCUCUCCAUGUGAAGCUUGCUCAAGUAUUUGCUGCCACGAACAUGUUACAAGAAGCACUGUCUCAUUAUCAGGCUGCAUUGAGAAUAAACCCUCAAAGUGAAGCUGCAAAGAAGGGGUUGGAGCGUUUGGAGAAGCAGAUGAAGGGAGUUGAUCCGGAUGCACCUGAGGAAGAUGAAGACAAUGAGGUUGAUGAUGUGGAGGGAGACCAGGAAGAAACUGAGCUUUUGUGAAAUACGUAAGCCGUUGCAGUAUUUUUGGUCACACUGCAUUAAUAUUUCCCAGGUUGUGUAUCAUAUACAUACAUAGCAAGGUUUGUAUUUCCUAGAACGUGUACCAUAUCUUUGUUGUAACUUGUAACUUUUGUUUCUGGGUUAUUUACCAAGUUGCUAUGGAACACAUGAGUUGGUGUUUUUGCAUGUAAA